GAGCUGGACGCUCCAUCUUUGUCCAUAUUCGUCUCCCGGGCCUCGCCGUUUCUCUCUCUCUCUCUAACUUCGCUCUUCGGUUUUGUAUUUCCCCGAUCAGAAACGCUGCUUCCAUCGCUGUUCCUGGAUCUCCGAGCUCAAUAUCUUCUUCUCAGAUCGAAGUGCGUUUCGUAGCUUCGGUGAUCUCACCUGUGGAAGCUAAGCUUUGCUGAAAGAUGAACAAUCUUUUAACGGACUCCUUUGAGCUCCCCCGGGAACCGUCAUUGAGAGAGGGAGAUGUUGAACAGGGAUUGCAGGCCGCUACUCAUUCUUCUGAAUUGGGUAUGGAAGGAUUCUUUAAACAGGUUCAAGAUAUUGACAAACAAAUCGAAAAGCUUUCGAAACUACUGACAAAGCUUCAGGAAGCCAAUGAGGAGUCAAAAGCUGUCACCAAGGCCUCGGCUAUGAAAACAAUCAAACAUCGCAUGGAGAAGGAUAUCGAUGAAGUGCUUAAAAUAGCUCGGAUAACCAAAUCAAAACUUGAAGACGUCGACAGAGAUAAUUUAGCAAAUCGGCAGAAACCUGGUUGUGGAAAAGGGUCAGCUGUGGACCGAUCUAGAACAGCAACUACCGUGUCAUUGAAAAAGAAGUUGAAGGACAUUAUGGCUGACUUCCAGUCUCUUAGGGAAACCAUAAAUCAAGAAUAUCGGGAGGUUGUUGAGAGAAGAGUCUUCACAGUAACGGGUAAUCGGCCUGAUGAAGAGACUAUCGACCGGCUGAUAGAGACGGGAAACAGCGAGCAAAUUUUCCAGAAGGCAAUACAGCAGCAAGGACGUGGCCAGAUAGUCGACACCGUUGCAGAGAUCCAGGAGCGUCAUGAUGCCAUUAAAGAUUUAGAAAGGAAGCUUCUUGAGCUGCAGCAGGUAUUCUUUGACAUGGCGAUAUUGGUCGAAGCCCAAGGUGACCUGCUCGAUAACAUCGAAUCCCAGGUAUCAAGUGCUGUUGACCACGUUCAAUCUGGAACAACAGCUCUGCAGACGGCGAAGAGACUACAAAAGAAUUCUCGUAAGUGGAUGUGCAUAGCUAUUAUAAUUCUUCUAAUUAUUGUGAUAGUUAUCGUUGUAGCUGUCAUUAAGCCUUGGAGCAAAUAGUAUUUUUUACAACGAACAGCUGAAAGGAACUCCAGAAUCAAUCAAUCAGGCGAUCAACUGGUUUGUAUGCGAUCUAUUCAAUAUUAUUAUUUAUUUCCGCCAACUCUUCUGCAUCUCUUGAUAUUUUUGUGUCGUAUACGCUGUCGGGAGCAGCAUUUUUUUUUGUUUUUUUUUUGUAAUGAAUUGGAUACUAUUAGCGAAAAAUAAAUUUGUUAUUAUUAUGAAUUUUAAUUAUGGAUGGUGUGGUAUAGG